AUGAUAUAAAUUCCUUAUGCAAACCAACAACUUUCACAGAUUAAAAUCGCCGAAAGUUAAAUAACUAAUAUUGACAAGAAUAUCAUAAGAGUAUUGCAACUAUUCUCUAUUACUGGAUAGUUGGAUAUGGAUAUUGAAAAUAUAAGACUUGAAUUAUCAGAUAACUCAAAUUUUUAUCCAGAAGCAUUGUUCACUUACUUAAAAACUUUCGCUCCAAGCUCCAUUCAAAAUUCAAAUCAAUAUAAAUAAAAAUUUUUCGAUUUCUCAGAUCUUUAAUCUUCAGCCCCUUUAGUAAUUAAUAUAAUUAACAGUUCAAAAGAUGGAAUCAUUCAAUUUCAAAACUUAUUAUCAUUCCUAAAUGAUUUUUCUUAAACACCAAUAAAUAUCAACCAAAUUAAAUGCUUAGAAAGAAUUUAUCAUGUUGAUUAAUAUGCAUUUUAAUAAGACUAAGCAAUCGAUUCACUUAACAACGAGUAUCCUCUACCCUAAGAUGUCACGCCAAUUUCUAAAAAUAAAUAAACUUAAAUUUAGGGUACAACAAAAGUACCAUUAGCAAAAUAAGAAAGUCUAGAAAAAGUGAAUUCUGGAGAGGGAUUUAAUUAUUCUACUUUCAAGAAGCUUAUAUUAUCUCAGUCCAUUCCUUUAGCUAAAUAAAAAGCACAAAAAAGAAAAUUAAUAUAUGAAACCAAUUAGUAGUAGAAAGUUGAGAUUAAUGUCUUGAAAUAAUUUGCAAAAUUAAUUUAAUAUGAAUUAGAAUUAUUAGAUAAAUCUGAACAAAUUCGAUUACAAUUGAAUACUGAUAAGGCCUAUAAUCAUGUAGGAAUGUUUAAUAUCUUGGAUGCUCAUGGAAAUGGAGAAAUUGAGUUCUAAUAUAUUGAAUAGUUGAUGAAUAAAGCACAAAUUCCAUUCAAGCCAUAAGCAUUUAAAGCUUUAGUUAGAAGAACCAACUUAUUGAGUAAUAAUAAUUCUCUAUCUGAAUGUAUGAUUUUUGAAGGCUUUCGUUUAUUGACAACUGUUUAAAAUCCAUACUUUAAAAUUCCAAAACCUGAAGUCGAAACACUACCCUCUAAUAUAGAAUAUUCAAGGAUAUUAGGUGCAGAAGUGACUGGUCAAAAUUCUUCGUAAUUAUCCAUCUCAAGAAUUCCUGAUAAACUUAAAAAUUCUACUCAAAAUUAUAGAUCUAAGCCGAUCAUCCCCUUAUAUAAUAGCAGCAAUCCUUAUGUAAAUGAGACUCUAAAAAAAUAAAGCAAAAUUUACGAUAGUCAAAAAUAAAAUUAUGAUACAAUAUAAAAUGAUUAUAUUGUUUAUGGAACCAAAAGAGAAUGGGAGGAACUACAGCAUUCAAUGAAUUCAGGGGUGCUAAUUGAUACUCAAUCAUUAAAGUCAUAAAUUCAACGAAUUUAGAAUUCUUAAAUAAAUUUCCAGUCAAAUGCAUCAAAUAGCAAAGCUCAUGUUUUAUAAUAGAAAACUGAAAUACAGUUAAUUUAAUAAUAAGCCCUUGAAGAAGAUUUAGAAAGAAGAAAAAAUCAAGAUUUGUCAAAAUAAUUAUAGCAUGCUAUGAAUGCAAAUACAAAAGGAUAUUAUUCAAAUCUUGUAAAAAUUGAAAAGGAGAAAAGGAAUACGGAAGAAAUAAAUGAAUUUGUUGUGUAAGCACCAUGGUAUCAAAACGAUAUGAAAAUCAAUAAAAAUGUCAAUCUGAUUAAAAAACAACAAGAAGAAAUACACAAAUUUUCUGGGCUAAAUUAACCAUAUACAUCUAUAAAUUCAAGUUAACAAAAUUUACAAAACAAUUCCUCUAAAUUGCCUCCAAAAGUUCCUAAAAAGGAAGGAGUUUAAACAAAUAUUUAACCAUUACAAUAAUAACAAAAUAACUAGUAAGAAUAACCUGCCUAAUCUUAAAUCAUCUCCUAAUAAGAUGUUUCUCCUAUAAAAUCAAGAAUUUUUUCAUCUUAAAAAUACAAUCCUUUAAUAUAUUAAGAUAAUUUACAAUAAAAAAUAAUGGAUUAUAAAUGCGAUAUCCCAACAAGAUAAUUUGAUUAUUAAAACUGA